AUGGCUUUAAUCAGCCUUCCUGCUGAGAGAGCGGGGCCCCAGCGCCGGCACCUCCGUCACCCCUCCCCACCGACGCCUGGCACCACGAGAGUCUUUCUCUUCAGUGUCGCUGUCCUCGUUCUCCUUGCUCCGAUGUUCUCAGCCAGGGGAGCAGUUAUAAGGCAAAUACAUUGUCAAAGGAUGUCCGGUCGCUGUGAAGUCGAAUGCCUGUCCUUCGAAACUAAGCUGGGGGGUUGUAGAAGCGAAAUGACACCGUUCUGCUGUAAAAAGAGGGAAAGAAAUUAA